AUGCCUGCCGCGCCGACGGAAGAAGACUGGAAAAAUCUUCCAGAAGUGGCUGACCAUGUUCCCAAAGCAGCGUACUUGGUUCUUCUCAUCGAACUGUGUGAACGAUUUACAUACUAUGGUUUAACCGGACCUUUCCAAAAUUAUAUCCAAUAUCCCAAUCCGGAUCAUUACCCUGCUGCUCAACCGGGAGCAAUGAAUAAAGGUCAGCAAACGGCUACAGCACUAAACACAUUCUUCCAGUUUUGGUGUUAUAUUACUCCUGUUAUUGGUGCUGUUGUUGCCGAUCAAUUCUGGGGAAAAUACAAGACCAUUCUCAUAUUUGCUGGCAUUUACAUGACGGGUCUUAUUAUUCUUACCUUGACGGCUAUUCCUCCGGCUAUUGCAAGUGGUGCCUCGUUUCCCGGUUUUGUGGUCGCCAUAAUUAUUAUCGGCCUGGGUACCGGUGGUAUCAAGGCCAAUGUGUCCCCACUGGUGGCUGAACAGUACCGCAGCCGGUCCCCCUUUAUUCGAACUCUCAAGAACGGCAAACGUGUCAUCGUGACGCCUCAGGCAACCUACCAGAAAAUUUUCAACAUGUUUUACUGGGGUAUCAACAUUGGUUCCUUGUCGGCUAUUGCAACCACGGAAAUGGAAAAGAACGUCGGUUUCUGGCCGGCUUUCUUGUUGCCCACGCUGAUGUUCGUACCUUGCGUCAUCGUCGUAUUGCUUGGUCGUAAGCAGUAUGUCCAGAACCCUCCUCGCGGUUCCGUCUUCAUCGAAGCCGGUAAAUUGCUCUACUUUAGCUGGAGCGUCAAAGGCGGUAUGGAAGCCUGCAAACCUUCCAACUUGGCUCGUGAUCACCCCGACUUGGUGGGCAAAGCGACUUGGGACGACGUCUUUGUCGACGAAUUGAAGCGUGCUCUUCGCGCGUGUAUUGUCUUUUGCUGGUUCCCCAUCUAUUGGUUGUGCUAUAAUCAAAUGACCAACAACUUGGUGUCUCAAGCUUCGACCAUGUUAACUGGCAAUGUGCCGAAUGAUAUCAUGCAAAAUAUCGACCCCAUUGCUUUGAUUAUCAUCAUUCCUAUCAUGGACUCGGUCAUUUACCCCGGACUUCGACGUCUCGGAUUCCCUAUGCGUCCGAUGGUCCGUAUCACUCUAGGCUUCGUCUUCGCAGCUGUGGCUAUGGGCUACACCGCUGGUAUUCAGAGCAUGAUUUACAAAACGCCUCCAUACUACGACCAUCCUGAUGGUCAAAACUGGAUCUCAGCCGCUUACCAGAUCCCCUCGUACGUUUUCAUCGCCAUUUCCGAAAUCUUUGCUUCCAUUACUGGUCUCGAAUACGCGUACAAGAAAGCACCUCAGUCAAUGAAAUCCAUUGUCAUGGCUCUGUUCUUGCUGGCCAACUGUUUCGCUUCCAUCCUUGCCUUUGCUCUUGUCUCGGUUGCUGUAGACCCCAAGUUGCUCUGGAUGUAUACCGGUAUCUCCAUCGCCUCAGGUGUAUGUGCUAUCCUAUUUUACCUUUGCCAUCACAAGAAUGAUGACACUGAUGUCGCUGACGACGCCAUUGGGCGCGACGAAGCCGUGGCACGUACCCAAACAGAAGCUGAUUAUGUUGCGGAAAAGGGCGCAGCGUAA